UAUCGUUAAGCGCAGGAGCAGAAUUGCCAGGACAAAACGAAGCACAGUAGUAGUAGCUGAAGUUUAGUCAGACAGGACGAAAGUUCAGUAGUUGUUCAUAAGUUCCAACCAAACGUUGAUAUAUCAUCAAGCAAAUUGUGUUAUAAUUAAAAAUUAAUUACAUUAAUCAAGUUAAUGGAGUAACGUCUAGUUGAUAUCCAGUUAUUUCAAGAAAAAUUUAAAUCAUUUAAAGAGGGCUUACGAGGUAUGGAGUCAUCACAAUUACCGCGUACACCGGAUGAUCCCGGUGUGGGAAGAGGAAUGCCAAUGCAAAGACAAAAUCAAGGGCCACCAGCAAAUUAUCAACCACGACCUCAGGGUCCACCACUUGGUCCAGCAAGAUAUCCAGUAAACAAUGGACCACAGCCAUUAAAUCGUUUAGACAGCAAAACAUCUUUAAAUUCACCAACAGGUCAACCAAUUCAAUUUGCUCCACCUAGACCACAAUUUGGACCUCCUCGACAACCACAAGGAGGACAACCAAUACCACCAGGUGGAUAUCCAAGAGGACCACCACCUCAAAAUAAUCCUGGAUUACAAGGACCUCGAUAUCCACCACCAGGAUCAUCACCAGGAAUACGUGAACCACUUUAUCAACCACAACCAGGACAACGACCUAUUUUUAAUAAUAAUCAACAACAACAACAAGUUAGAUUUCAAAGGCCAGAGCUUGGUGGACCACAGUCACAAAUACGAUUUGCACCUCAGCAAUAUAAUCCAGAAAAUAGACCAUUAGCUCCAAGAAUUAUACCAAAUACAGGUGUUGUAACAGCACCACCAACAUAUCCUACUUCAACUCCACGUGAUUUUAAUUCGGAAAGAAAACCUCCAAUAUAUCCACAAAAUCGAGGAAAAAUGGAAAUUGAAAUAAAUCAAAAUACCUCAAGUCCAAGCUCUGAUAAAAAAAGAACAGCAUCACGUAAUGAAAACAUCAUGGAUGACGAUGAUGAUGAUGUAGUAAUAGAUUCAGAAAAAGAAUCAAAAUCAUCAUUAAAUGAAAAACGAUCUGAAACACCUUUAUCAAAACCUAUUAAUUCUCCAUUAUCAUCAUCACCAAAUAUUAUACAAACAUCAAGUCCAGAACCAAGAGCACCAUCAUCAGCUUCUAUUAAACAUGAAAUUAGUGCUAAUUCAAGUCCAGUAGGAUCAAGAAAUUCUACACCAGCACCUACAGAUGAACAACGACCAAAAUCUCAAUUAAGUGAUUUACCAAAAACACCAGAAUUAGAUAACACAAUGACAAAAUCACCAUCACCAUCACAAAAUAAUGAUAAUGAAUUGAUUGAUGAUAAAUCAAGAACAUCAAGUGCAAAAUCAAAUAGAUCACCAACAAAAGUUGAAGGUCAAAUACCAGAAAGUGUUGGCUCAUCUCCAGGCACAAAAUCUCCAUUAGCAUCACCAUCGAAAAUUAUUGAAAAUAAAUUACCUGAUGAUGAUAAAUCAAGAACAUCAAGUGCAAAAUCAAAUAGAUCACCAACUAAAUUUGACGAGCAACUACCAGAAAGUAUUGCCUCAUCUCCUGGUGCAAAAUCACCAGGGGUUAUGGGUUUUGAUAAUGGAAAACCAAGAUCAUUGUCUCCAAAAUCACCAACACCUGUAUCAAGUCCAGUUCCUUCAAUUCCAGAGAAACCAGCGACUCCAGUUAAAAGUCCAUCUAGACCACAGACUCCAGUGUCUUUAAUGAAAAGAUCAGUAUCUGGACGAUCUAUGAAAUCAGAAGCUGGCAAUGAAAAUGGAGAAAAUCAAACAUCUGUCUGUAAUUCGCCAAAGAUAAAUGGAGUGUCAUCAAUAAAAAAACCACCAUCAUCAAAACCAAAAGAAGCUAAUAAACCAAAACCAGCAGGAUCUCCAUUAAAAUCACCAACAAAAUCAGUUAAAUCAAUGCCAAGAACACCUGAGGCUAGUCUUCCACCAGUAGCUGAGAAAAAAAAAGUACCUAUGAAUAAAGUUCAAGUUGGAGCAGCACCAUCACCAAAUUUAAAAACAGUUCGUUCAAAAAUUGGAUCAUUGGAAAAUGCUAGUUAUAAACCAGGUGGUGGUAGAGUUAAAAUUGAAAAUAGAAAACUUGAUUUUAGCAAUGCACAGCCAAAAAUUGCUGCAAAAAAUGAUAAAUAUGCACCAAGUGGUGGUGAAAAAAAGAUACCACAAGUAAAAUUACAAUGGAAUGCUAAACCAAAAGUUGGUUCAUUGGCUAACACAACAUAUAAACCUGGUGGUGGUGAUAAAAAAAUUGAAACAGUUAAACUUGAUUUCAAGGACAAAGCUAAGCCAAAAGUUGGAUCAAAAGAAAAUGCAAAACAUGUACCAGGUGGUGGUACUGUCAAGACAGAGGCAAUACCAUCAAAAAUAAUUCAGGAAUCAUCAAGCCACAUUGAGACGCAGAAAAUCGAUAUAAAAGCAGAAAGUAAAAUUGGCUCAUUGGAAAAUGUUAAGCACAAGCCCGGUGGUGGUGACAAGAAGAUAUUCAACGACAGAGAUUAUCUACGACAGACAGGUUCAAAUGCAGAAAGUGUCAAUGGCAGUGGUAGACAGAGUCCAGUAACAUCCAACUUCCUUGAUGGCAAGAAUGGUGUACCAACAUCAGAAGAGAACCUCAACCAGGAAUACUAGAACUCUGCUUUAAAAUCUAUACCAAAAUCAAAAAAAAUAUAUAAUUUUUCUUUAAUAAUAAUUAAAAGAAAAAAUAUAUAGUAUAGUUGUACUUGACAAUGGUGUAUCAUUGAUAAAAUAUUAACAAAAUUAAAUGGGGCCCAGAUGAUCCUGCCACAGUUUAUUUAGCAUCAUGAUCAUCACCAUCAUCGCACUGUUAUUAUAUUUCGUUUUGUUUUUUGUUUGUUAAUCAUUUAAUAAUAAUUUUAAAAAAUAACAUUUAAAAUGUCACUAGCAAUUUUUAACUAAUUCAGCUUGUGAGUUUAUUAAAAACAUAAAAAAAAAAAACCCUCGAGGUGUGGAGUUUGCUUUAAAUAUAAAAAAUUUAUAUGCUAAAAUAUAAAAAAGAUUUUUAAUAUGAUGUUUAAUGUUUUUUAAAAUCAAAGGUCUACUGAUUGAACUACUCUGAGCAUAGCACAGACAUGUAAUAGUGGCACUUGUCUCUCCCUCUCUCUUCGAGGUUCAUUACUUUGAUGUAAAUAUAAAGAUAUAAUUAUAUAUCAAUUAAAUUCUGUAAUUCACGUCAUACGUAUCGAUGAAUGUGUAAAAUGUUUAUUUAUAAUUGCGUGUAAAAAAAAAUAAAUAGAUAAAUAAAAUCUUUAUCUUGUUUGAGAUAUUUAAAAUUAAAAAAAAAAAAGGAAAAAUAUAUAUAAAUAUGUGAGUCUUGUCUAUUGAGACUUGGCAGUUAUAUUAAUUGAUAAAUACAAUUUUAAUUAAUCAAGAAAAUAUAUUAUUGCUAAAAAAUAAAUGCCACAUUAAACAUCAUUUUUUGUAAGCAAACAUCAAAAAUAAAUUCAGAUAAACAAGAUCAUACAAUCUUUUAAAAAUUAACUAUUAUAACAUCACAAAAAUAAAAUAAAAUAAAAAUAUUAUUGCUUCGUUAUGAAUUUUUUUAAAACUAUCAUGUAAUAUUGUAAUGACUAAUGAAAAUUGUUUUUAUUAAUGCAAUUUAUUAUAAAGACUUAUAUAAAUAUUUAAUGAUAGAAAUAUCACGACUGUAUCUACACAAGUUUAUCGUUACUGUGCAAAUACUUAUAGAAAAAAAAAAAUAUAUGUUGCAAGUAAAAAAAAUAUUAAAUGAUACCAUUUAUGUAAUAACAAAAAUAUCAGUUGUAUCUUUGAAAAAAAAAAGAAUUUAGAAUUUAAUUAUAAUAUUUUUGUUUUUAAAUUUUCGGCAAUAUUAUUUUUACCUUAUCAAAAAAAUUGUUAUUUAUUUUUUGCUGUUUAUCAACAAACGCAAAAGAUUUUGCACUGAGCAUCGUCACUAUUACGUUGAAUUUAACAGCAGAUUUUUGGUAUCGCUAUCCACAAUUACACUACGCCUAGUGUUGAAAUUAUGUUAUAAAAAAAAAUAAUAAAAAAAAAAAGG